AUGAAGCUCGCCAGCGCCGUCUUCAUCGGCCUUGCCGCUUUCGUGGCCUAUGCUCAAGCAACUCCGGUUUCACCCUCAGAGACACCCACAACCGGCGAGUUUACUAGGACCCCUGGAACCGUCGUCGACACAAGAAAGUUCCAAGGCAAGAUGUCAGCCAAGCCCUCCAAACGCAACACUCCUACCGAUGAUGAGGUUUUAACCCUCGAUCUGAGUACUAUCUCUGCGCCCAUCCAGCCAGAAGACCCGGACCACGCCAUCCUUCCAAGCCACACUCCCGCAAUCCGUGGCCGCUCCGGUGCUACUAUAGACUGCCCUCCCUACGCACCAUGGACGUGUGAUGGAGUUACUUGCUUCAAUUUCUUUACUCAUAACUGCUGCAAGGGAGGGGUGGUUUGCAAGGAUCCCGAUGUCUGCGUGCGUAAUUACUUGGGCCAACCCGCUUGCCAUAGGAAUUAA